AUGGCAUAUCCCACGCAAGACAACAAAGUCUUGCACAUCCCAACCGAUCUGUACAAUGCUCUCAAGGCUCAAUGUGGCAAUCCAGGUAUUAUGGAUUUGUCAAGUAAGGCAUCGCAAGAUUGGAAGAAGUUCUUUUCUACUGCACAAUUCGACGAAAUCCGCCUGCAGGACACGCAGAAGAACAUUGUCGUACCCAUCCAGGCACUCGGGGCUUUUCAACUCAGUGAUGAGAUGGUAGCCGCUAAGAAGGCCAUAAAGUGGGCUACCCUCAUUGUCGAGGCUCCUGUCCAGCAAGACGGCUCGCAUGCCAUCGGAUUCGACCCCCCUUCUCUACGGGAUAGCAUCUGUCCUGCUCUUCCAGAACACUUGGCAAUAGCUCUUCAGCAGCUGACUGGUCUCUAUGGACUGUGCAUUACUCUCAAACACUUCACCAACGAGCAGGUCUGUAACUUUGUGGGCGAGUUGGCCCACCGGCAUCGUCUUUGGCCCGAACUUCACUCACUGAGAAUCGAAGCUCCCCCUCGCCUGGCUAUGGGGCUGAUGAUGAAUCAAGUGAACCCCUUGAAGAUCAAACAUAUACAUAUAUGUGACGAUAUCGAGAGCAUGCGUUUCAACAAAACGCUUGGGAUCCGGCAGCUCGACAGUCACAAUACCAGUGAAAGGUCUGCUUAUGGUGCUAGUAUCAGUAGCCUUAACCCUACUAUUCUCCAGAAGAUCUCCGAGGCUGUUGAUGCUAGAAUUGAGGUGAGAUCGGCUCAGGUGAACAGUGAGAUUGCAGCCAGGGUGCAAGCCGCAGUUGAAACUCAGACUGCCCACCAACAUAUCAUAUUCGAACAAAAUGUUCAUCAAACGGCCCAAACCGAGAUGGAAUCUCAGCGAUCUCGGCUCCAGAGCUCGGUUACCCACGAUCUGUCAAACAAAAUCAAACCAAUGAUUACCUCUACGACGAAGGAGCUCAAGGUUAUGAUAUCCGAAACGACGAAAGCCAGCGUCGCAUCUGAGUUGGAUUCUCAGAAACCUGAAAUCGAGAAGAUGGUCGCAGAACUGGUCCAAGCCGCCAUCGAUUCCAAGAUGAGUUCUUGCAUAUCUGACAUUGAAGGCGUGAUCAUCCGUUGCAUAGGCGACAAAGUCAAAAAGGAACUGGAAUCAAAGCUCCUUGAUUUCGACAGUCAGAUCGCUGAAAGGAUACGCAAGGCUACAGACAAAGUGAAGACUCUACUGGCCCCCCUGGACCACUCGUUUACGCACAUGGAACAUAUCUCGGAGCCUGCUACUGACACGUCCGAAAUUGAUUCUGCCCAGGUCAAGCAAGAGCCUGUUGCCUCGAAUGGGGGAGGAGUUUCUGCUGGACAAGACGUCCCCUUUCUGCCUUCUCAACAAACCACCAGACUUACAGAGAGUGUGUCCAGCCUCCAAAACGAGCUUGGUGGCACGGCCGGCCAAGCACCAUAUUGCGCCAGCACUCCGUCUGGCAAUGAAGCUAGCAAAGGCCAGUCUACUACUGGGACGAAGAGGUCAGCUAUCCAAAGUCUGUUUCCUGGCACGCCCAAACACAGAUUUGGGCAUCGAACGAAAAGAUUCUCGGGAGAAUAG